AUGGAUUAUUCUACUGCUGCUACAUCCAAACUGAGUUCCGCGGAAACUGUCGACUGGGAACAAAAAUACUCUGCACAUAACUACCAUCCACUCCCCGUGGUGUUCCACCGUGCCAAGGGAGCCCACGUCUGGGACCCUGAAGGCCGCGAGUAUCUCGACUUCCUCUCCGCGUACUCUGCGGUCAAUCAGGGCCACUGCCACCCGCGCAUAGUUCAGGCGCUUAUCGACCAAGCGCAAACUCUGACGCUGUCGUCACGCGCGUUCUCGAACGAUAGCUUUGCACGGUUCGCCCGCUACGUGACAGAGUACUUCGGCUAUGAGAUGGUGCUGCCCAUGAACACUGGCGCCGAAGCGGUCGAGUCGGCGUUAAAGCUGGCCCGCCGCUGGGGCUACGAGACGAAGAAGAUCCCCGCGGGAGAGGCGAUCGUUCUCGGCGCACAGGGAAACUUCCACGGACGCACAUUCGGCGCCAUUUCACUGUCCACGGACGAGGAGGAUUCCCGCAAGAACUUCGGACCGUUCCUCCGCAACACAGCGGCCCGGAAUCCGGAGUCCGGGCGUGAGAUCCGGUACGGCGUCGCAGAAGACCUCGAAGAGGCCUUCAAGACGCACGGCGAUCGCAUCGCCGCGGUGAUCCUCGAGCCGAUCCAGGGCGAGGCCGGGAUUGUCGUUCCACCUGCAGACUACCUGCCCCGCGUGCAGAAACUGUGCAGGGAGCACCGUGCGCUGUUUAUCUGUGACGAGAUCCAGACGGGGAUCGGCCGCACAGGCAAGAUGCUAUGCUACGAGCACUCUCAGGGCGUGCGCCCAGACGUGGUGCUACUGGGGAAGGCGAUCUCGGGCGGGGUGUACCCGGUGUCGUGCGUGCUUGCGUCGCGUGAAGUGAUGCUCACGUUCACGCCCGGGUCGCAUGGCUCGACGUACGGCGGGAAUCCGCUAGCCGCCCAGGUGGCGAUCGCGGCGCUGCAGGUCGUGCGCGAUGAGAAGCUGGUAGACCGGGCACGUGACCUAGGUGAUCUUUUGCAGGGCAAAUUGCGGGAGCUGCAGCGGGAGUCGGACGGCGCCAUCUCGGAAGUGCGCGGGCGCGGUCUGCUGACGGCGAUCGUGAUCGACCCUGCCAAGGCUAAUGGACGUACCGCUUGGGACCUGUGUCUCUUGAUGAAGGAGCAUGGUGUGCUGGCCAAACCGACCCACGACCAUAUCAUUAGACUGGCACCUCCGCUGGUGAUCUCGGAAGAGGAUCUGCUACGGGGCGUCGAGAGCAUCAGAUUGGCGUUGAAACAGUUACCGACAGCUCCAAGGAGCAACGGGCAUUAG